AUGGCAACGGCAGAGGCAAGCUCUAUGUUGCUGAGCGCUCCCAUGGCUCCUGCUGAAGAGGAGAAGAGAACCUACGAAGAUGUUGGCUUCAAGGAGUGGGAUUGCCAGGGUGGCACUCUGAAGCUUCACCCGGCUGGACUCAUCUACCACGAACCCAGCCCAGGAAGUCGUAUGCUCAAGGUCCGAUGGCAGAAACUAUGUCGUCCCAUUGCCACUUCCGCGAUGGCUUCCGACUUGCACUGCCUCAAGAUGAAGAGCACUGAUCCGAGCACCGUGUACGAAUAUUGCUUUACCGUCCACUCGGUCGACGCACUCGAGCGCCUGAGGCUCGAUAUCAUUGCCUACCAAGAGAACCAUUUUCACCAUGGCUCACAGUCUCGUACGUCUGGCACACGCUCCACACAUGACGACCCGCUCCUGGAGAAUGUAUUUUUUGGCAUCAACUGCAAGAAGGAACUCGGGGGAAGAUUGGUCCUGAGGGAACGGGAAAUGCUCUUUGUCACAUCGUACGAGAAAGAACUUUUGAGCAUUCCCUGGCAAUCCAUCAAAAAGGUACAAAUUAAUAGUUUGGAGGCGAGGCCACUCGUCCGUAUUGUAGACGGGGGAAAGAAAAGUUUUACCUUUGAAAUGACGGACAAGUCAGAUCUGGAGCGUCUGCGGGAGAACAUCAAGAAUCUGAGAUUGGCUUCCGAGCCUCCCAAAAAGAAGGAAGAGGUUACGUACACGAAUAGUCCCCAAAAGAAAGGGCUCCUCAGCCGUGCCGAAAGGGGCGGCCUCCGCGAUAGUGAUAAUCUGAAAACUCCCAUGAUUUCUCAGCGGCAUGGAUCGGGGAGGGAGCUUGAAAAAAGCCGGGGGUUUGGUUCUUAUCCGCUCCUUGUGGGGCCUGCGGCGGAUCUGCGGGAAAUGGAGUACGUUUCGGCGUUGCACCAGAGUUCAGAACCCAUCCUUCGAUCGGACGGUACCAUUUCCUCCAAGGACAUUAUUCCAUAUCUAAUGUCUAGGUAUGGAAUCCAAAUCACUAACGAACAGGCCUUGGACAUUGCGUCAAAUAUCUGCGGGGCCAAGUUUCGAAAUUUGGUUAGUGAGGAAGACGAUGAAGACGCAGAAGAGCGUCGAAAAGUGGACGAAGAGUUGCGCGAGGUCAUCGGUUUUGGAUGUUGUGGGUGGGGCGCCAAAAAGGAUACCGAGAACGAGGAAAACAACGGGGGUGGGGCAGAGGAAGACGAAGCGGAAGAUGAGGAGAUCUUGUACUUUGAUCUCGUGCAACUGGCGUCUUUGUUGUUGAUUCCAGAGCUUUUGCAGCUGGGCGACAUGCUGAAGAAUCAGAAAGUGGAAAUGGAUUUUAAAAGAUCCCUCUACCAAUUGAGGCGCUCCGUCGCGUUCGUUGCGGAGGACAAGCUCAAGCAGCUAGGUCAAGCAAAACUUUCCCCCAAUUGCGACAGAGUUUUACUAGUCGUCAUUGAGAGUCUCAUUGAAGUGUUGGACGAAGAGACACAGGAGGAAAUCCGAAAUGGACGGCCACUGGAUAUCAGCAUCCUUCAAAUUAUCCUUCGUUCUUUCGGCGACUUGGACGGAGCGGACGAUGUCGGGCUCAUCAGGGACAUGUUGAACACGUUGUGCGUCGAUGGCGGCCCCCCCUUACUGACGCCAAAGAACUUCAUCGCUGCGCUAACUAAGGAUGUUGAGACAUACUACGGUGCAAAAGGAAGUCGACCAAAGCCCGACCGGAGAACCUCGACCUUCUUCGACAUAAUUGGCUUCAACUGGGACAAUCUGUCAUCUGACGAACGGGCAAGGGCAUUGGAUCCAAGCCAACCCAGCUCCUUAAACAUGGUCAAUACGUCAAUCUUCAUUGACUACGCUUCCGAUGUGUACAGGUCAAGACUUCAGAAUACUGCAGCCUGGUGCAUGUUCUUUUUCUUCAUCCUACUGGUGUGGAAUGAAACUGUGUACAGGAUCAACUUCUGGGCUCACGGCGUUAUUGGCAAAAUCUCCCAUACCCAGUACAUCGGGACUAAGACAAACAGUCACGGCGACAUGUUUGAAGCCAUCGUCGUAUCACCAGGAUCUGGAGACGACAAUGAUUUCUGGGCGUUUGUUUUUUCCGUCGUCAGUUGGAUGCUUCAAGCGCUUGCAUGCGGGUGUUUCGGAUUUAUCAUUGUCCUCACCACGAGUGCGGGCAACAUCAAUGGACGGAUCAAGCGGUGGCUUCUUCUCUCGAUCGUUUCAUGUGGUCUUCUGGCUGUGGUGGGAAGCCUUUGCCUUGCUGAUUUAAAACAUCUCAACGCCAACGCAACAUUCAAGGCAGAGGUCAAUCCAAACUAUUGCAUCACAAUCACAAGUGAUAGUUUCGCGGAGAGCACUGCUGAUGCACGUAGGUUGUCGGGAAUUGAUCCAACAUGUGCAAGAAUUGGGGCUGACCUCAUAUCCACAAUGAUGACUCGCAGUGAUAUGAUGACGGAUUUGCAAACCCUUCCAGUCAUUGGCGACAUAGUCACAGAGCUUUCCAAUAUGAUGGGAAUCGGCGCGAAGAAAAUCCAAGAAAUUACAGUUAUGCAAUUGCUGCAGUGUUCUCAAUCCCUGAGUCAGGUCAACUUGGGUGAAACUAUGCAGUUGCUCUUCGACAAUGCACCAUCUAUUAUCGGCCAGACCACCGAUGCUGCCAGGAGUGCUGCAAGCGCUGCAGUGGAUACCUUUGUAAAUGGAACAGUCGCUGCUGCCAAUGACUUUGUGGACGAAGCCGUCAACCAAAACAUUGCUGCCAUUGAAGAAUUCGUGGAUACUGUUGUCGGCAAUGCUGCGGGUCCCUUUGCGGACGAAACUAUUGCAGCUGGGGAAGCAUUGAUAGACAAAAGUAAAAAACAAACUCUGGCAGCUGGGCAAGACUUUGUGAAUGCCGUUGUCAACCAAGCUGCUGAGGUGAUUGGAGAUGCUGUCAGUGAAGUUGUUGUUGCAGCCGGGAACUCGCUUACCGACCUAACAGCCUCACCCGGUGCUUCCCUAGGAGGCAGCUCUUCACCCGGUGCUUCCCCAGAAGGCAGCUCUUCGCUCAGUGCACCGUCAAGCUUCAGCUUCGGUCGAGUGACUCGACCGCCCGCAAACAAUGGAGCAAGAGGCUUGGCACAAGGUUCCAUGAUGCUGGAAUCCAACAACUAUUCCAGCACCAGCGCAGCAGGCGUUGCACUGUUAAACGACACUCUAAACAAUCCCUGGCUCGGCUCUACCAUGCAAGACGACUAUAAAAGUCUCCUGCCCACUCGGAACCUCCAAUCAGCAAAUGCGACCAAUGGGAAUGUGGCGCCGCAAGGUUCAGGUCAGAAUGCGACCCAAAAUUCAGGCCAAAACGCCACGACUAGUUCUGGACAGAAUAUGACCCAAGGUUCAAGUCAAAAUGCCACGCCAAGUUCGUCUGAGGGCGCGACGUCAUCCAUAGCCACAGUGGCGGCGAAGAUUAUGAAGCCGUUGGUUGGUGUCCCCCUUUGUGUGCGGAAGCACCAAAUUGAAGACCUGCUCACAGCAUUACUGAACCUUGAUGGCAAUGUUACACUGUUUGGUAUCACAAUGGAUGGAAUCAGAGCCUUGGACUACGUUGAAGUCGUUCUUGAAGAAGCCAAGGUGAUCUCUGUCGAUCGGACUUCUCCCGUGUACGGUAUCUGGCUGUAUUACAUGUCGACCUCGCUGAUCAUUGCAAGUCUGAUAGGAAUGGUUUUGAAUGUAAAAGUGUUCUUUAUGAAAAGAGACAACAUAUAUCGCAGUCGUGACUACAAGAUCAAAUGCGCCGCCUCCCACAAAGUUGCUAACCUGGUGGAAAACGCCUUGAGCAUGCACGUAGUACAAGGGGGUAGUACGAAGGGGCAAACCAUGCGAAACUUCUUUCGUUUUGGAGAGCAAGUUGCAUCUGUUGGCGGGUUUAAGUGGAAUUCACAAGAAGUUUGGUCGCAGAAAAUUAUUUGGAAGCAAGGCGUCUGGUAUUCAGGGAGGCUUGCGAUUGGGCAAGCGAUGCAAGUAGUCAUUACGAUAGCUGGGAUGACGUAUGGUGCGCGGAUGCUCAAGGAACUACACGAUGGGAAUGGAGUGCCAGAAUUGGGAAUCGCCAAUAUGCUUUUGAAGUCCGGGGCAACGAAUAUUGAUUCGGCUAUUAGGGUUGCUGGAACUGUCGGAAUGUUUGUUGGAUUUCUCGCGGCGGUAUAUUGCAUCUCAAGCUACCUGCCAUCUUACACAAAAACUGUACUGUAUCUAAGAAGUGGAAUGUUGCCAAGUCUCCACAAUCCUCAAUUCUUCGAAUACAGGUCCCGCGCGGACGACGUUGUCCAAAAUAUCGGAAACAUGGUUUUCGCCUUAAUGGGAGCUUCCAUGAUGACUGCACUCACGGCCUUCUUCGUGCUUUUCAUCUGCAUCUUUGAUUGGACGCGGGAGUUUGUCGUGAAAUCCGUCGCCACUGUCAUUGGAAUUGGCUGCACCAUCGGUAUCAAGACUGUCGGACAGAAGUUGCUACGGGAACGUAACUUCAGUGCCUUCUAUAGAAAUGAGCCACGUCGAGCAAACUACUUUAACCUGUUUUUCGAGGCAUGGUACAUCGGGACUGGUGUUUUGAUGGUGAUCUCUCGAUUGGUCAUGUUCGUUGUGGCCGGAACUUUCUUCAUUGGAAGAAUUGAUGUGGAUUUCUUCAACGCCGAUAUUCGUGUGUUUGGAGCCAACCUUGAUGCGGCACCUGUGGCGUUUCGCCGUGACAUUUUGGCCCACGAAGCUCACCUUCACCCCUACAUCGAACGCUUGGGUAGCAUGUACCUCGCAAGAUUACGCCAUGGUGAAAGUUUUGGUAGCAAGGCAGGAACGGCCUGGAGGUGCUUGUUUGUGACGGGGCUCAGCCCAUGGAGUGUCAAACACCGUGUGAACUCCAGGGAAGACAAUGGAUAG